AUGGACAAGCAGGCCUCUCAGCCCACUCUAGCCCAGCAGAGUGCACCAUGUUUUACACUGCCCCCUGGAGGAGAAUGUCUGCCCCCUGGAGGAGAAUGUCUGCCCCCUGGAGGAGAAUGUCUGCCCCCUGGAGGAGAAUGUCUGCCCCCUGGAGGAGAAUGUCUGCCCCCUGGAGGAGAAUGUCUGCCCCCUGGAGGAGAAUGUCUGCCCCCUGGAGGAGAAUGUCUGCCCCCUGGAGGAGAAUGUCUGCCCCCUGGAGGAGAAUGUCUGCCCCCUGGAGGAGAAUGUCUGCCCCCUGGAGGAGAAUGUCUGCCCCCUGGAGGAGAAUGUCUGCCCCCUGGAGGAGAAUGUCUGCCCCCUGGAGGAGAAUGUCUGCCCCCUGGAGGAGAAUGUCUGCCCCCUGGAGGAGAAUGUCUGCCCCCUGGAGGAGAAUGUCUGCCCCCUGGAGGAGAAUGUCUGCCCCCUGGAGGAGAAUGUCUGCCCCCUGGAGGAGAAUGUCUGCCCCCUGGAGGAGAAUGUCUGCCCCCUGGAGGAGAAUGUCUGACCCCUGGAGGAGAAUGUCUGCCCCCUGGAGGAGAAUGUCUGACCCCUGGAGGAGAAUGUCUGCCCCCUGGAGGAGAAUGUCUGCCCCCUGGAGGAGAAUGUCUGCCCCCUGGAGGAGAAUGUCUGCCCCCUGGAGGAGAAUGUCUGCCCCCUGGAGGAGAAUGUCUGCCCCCUGGAGGAGAAUGUCUGCCCCCUGGAGGAGAAUGUCUGCCCCCUGGAGGAGAAUGUCUGCCCCCUGGAGGAGAAUGUCUGCCCCCUGGAGGAGAAUGUCUGCCCCCUGGAGGAGAAUGUCUGCCCCCUGGAGGAGAAUGUCUGCCGUUUUAA